CUAAUUAACACUAAUUAACACAAGUCACGUGACAUCCUUCCCAGCUUCAAAGAAAGGAUCUGGAGCCAAAAACCGUCUUAGCCAAAAACAAACAAACAAACAAAAUCUACACUCUAAGGAGAUGAAUUAUCAUUGUGCAAAACUGUAUUUGCUUUCUUUAAGUUUUGCCGUCAUGGCUCAACACUGUUGGUGUUUCUCAACCGUCCAGAUGAAGAAAACACCUCAGCAGCUCGUCCUGCCGAGAGUCACCUGCUCUGCUCGAAGGAUAAGAGCUGUUUUUGGUCCGCUGGUCAAAAGUAAUAUACAUGUUAAUGACAUGACAGGGGCCACAAACCCAGUGCCUCAAUCUGAGGGGUCCUGUGGAGUGAGACUGGACGGAGAGAAAAACCAGAGUCUCUCAUUCUUUAGCAGAUAUGACAGCUGCUAUGCACAGAUUGAGGGCAGCAAAGUGGUCAUCCCUCUGCAGGUGCAGCUGACAGGGGAGAAUCGAUGGUUCAGGGUAAAUAUCAGCUGUCCUCUGAUAAAGAGAAUCAGUGAGAGGAGUCGACUUAUCCCAACAUCGUCACCUGGAAAUUGUGACGUAGAAAGAGCUUUACGAGUGGCGUGUGGCCAGAAAAACACUUCUAGUGAUGUCUGCUACAAACUGGAAUGCUGCUAUGAUGCUCAUGAUUUAACCUGCUACUACAGACUCAAUGCCUGCUCUCUGGAUGGACACUUUGUGUUCUUAGUAAAGGCCACAGACGCAGACCCGCCCAUCGAUCCCAGCAGCCUCAUAGUCAAGGAUCAGCCACAGUGCUCCCCUGUGGUCACCACCCCAGACACGGCUAUCUUCAAGAUUGAAGUCACCGACUGUGGUGCAAAGAUGAAGGUAGAUGGAGAUGUGGUGAUCUAUGAGGUGGAAGUGGAGCAGCUGCAAACCAAAAAAUCACCAUUUAGUCUCCAGGUCCAGUGUGAAUAUGAUGCAUCAGAUUUAAAGCGUGCAGCAGACUUGCGGUCCUUGUAUCCAGUGACCAACCCACCGCCUAUGGUUGCACAGGGAACCAUCAGAGUGCAGAUGAGAAUAGCUAAAGAUGCAUCUUUCACAUCCUUCUUUUCUGAGGACCAGCUUCCACUGACCAUACCCCUGCGUGAAGCUGCAUAUGUGGAGAUCUCCAUCGCCCAGCCGUCCCCAGACCCUACCCUUUCCCUGCGUGUACGGGAUUGCUUUGCCUACCCUGCGUCUAGACACUCUGUGUGGAUGCUGCUCUAUGACGGAUGUCCCAACCCUUUGGAUAACAUGAGAAGCUCUGUCCCUGUGGACAACCAGGGGAAGACCACCUCCCACUCCCAAGUCAGGAGGUUUGAUGUCAAGACCUUUGCCUUCUUGGACCCUCAUACAGGCCAUCCAAGUUUGGAGGAAAUGUACUUCUACUGUUGGGUGGAAAUCUGCACAAAUGUUGUUGACUGUGCGCAGCAUUGCACCAUCAUUUCAUCUGAGGGUGAGAGACAGAGAAGAGAGACAAUGUCUGAGUCUCACCAGGUCGGGCUGGUCUCUUUAGGACCACUGCUGCUGGGACAGAACAACACUGAACUGGAGGACAAUCUAUGUGUGAAGAACACAAUGUUUCAGUUGACAGUGUAUAUGCUCUCUGGUGUUGGUGCCGCCCUGCUGUUGAUCUCUCUGUACAUCGUAUGGUCAAGCAUCAGAAAAUGGCAGAAGCCAGAAGCACAGCAAGCUUGUGAUGCACAAGAUGUCAGUGAACAAUCUCAAUAAAACAUUUCCCCUUCUA